CUCAGUCUCUGAUUGGGACGCGACGCAGCGCGAGCAUGGGGUUCGCGCGUACCCCACGAGACGUACCGUAACGGCACUGCGCUUCGAAUCGCUCGACGACGACGACGACGACGACGACAGCGACAGCAGUUCGACGAGACGAACCGACGAGGGAAGGCGAGGACGACCACCUUCCCGCCUGCAUGGCUCCGUAACCGCCCGCCGAUUUCCCGAUACCUUCCACCCUCGUUCUCUCUCCUCCCUCGAGCGACGCAUUCCCCGGCGCCGAGAGCGCGCCCGAGCAUCGCUGCGUAUGUCGCCGGGAGAUCAUCCAGACCGGCGUCGGCAAUCACUCGGCUUUCCGCUCGAUGAGCGAAGGAUCCGCCGCGCUGCCGUGUAAGAGCUGAUCGGCGCGCGCGGGCGCGCGCGCGCGCGAUAUCGGGACUCGCCGCGCUUGUGGUGAUUCGCGCCGGUGGUGGUGAUUUUGGGAAGGACCAUCUUCCUCCCCCUCUUCCUCCUCACCGGGAGCUCGCGAGGCUUUCCGAGUCGUUAAAAAUCAUGUCGGUGCUACUGGAAGGGCGGUCGUACAGGCCGUUCAAAUCCUCGGAGGAGUACCUGGUGGCGAUGAAGGAGGACCUGGCGGAAUGGUUGAACGCCCUGUAUCCGGAGCUAAGGAUCAAUCUCGACAAUUUCAUGGACAGACUGGACACGGGCGUCGCUCUAUGCAAACAUGCGAACAACGUGCGGAAAUAUGCGACGGACUACGUGGCCCGGCGUCAGGCCCGCAAGAUGCCGAUGACACGCUCGAUAACUUCCCUGGCGCUGCCGAUGAGCCAGGUGGGCGACGUGCCCUACCUGCCGAACGCCAAGGCCGGCACCUUCUUCGCCCGCGACAACGUCUCUAACUUCAUCGAUUGGUGCCGCAACAGCCUCGGCAUCAUCGAAUGCCUGCUCUUCGAGACCGAGGAUCUGAUAAUGCGUAAGAACGAGCGGCACGUGAUACUGUGCCUGCUGGAGGUGGCGCGUCGCGGCGCCAAGUUCGGCAUGCUCGCGCCGUUGCUCGUGCAGAUGGAGAGGCAGAUCGACCGCGAGAUCGCCGCCGAGAACAAAGCGGCGAACGGCGCCGGCAACGAGGAGAGCGAUGACGAGUACGAGGAGGAACCCUGCCUCAUAUACGGGCCGCAGCCGCAGAUCGUCACGAACGAUCUCAAGACUCUCCACGAGUUGGUUCGCGAUAUCGUGGAGGAGUGCACAUGCCCGACGCAAUUUCCGAUGAUCCACGUGGCUGAGGGCAAGUAUCGGAUCGGCGACACCAAGGUCACGAUCUACGUUCGAGUUUUGCGUAGCCACGUGAUGGUGCGCGUCGGCGGCGGAUGGGAUACCCUCAGCCACUAUUUGGAGAAGCACGAUCCAUGUCGAUGCAGAAACUCACACCGCUCGAUGGUCUCGGCGAAGCUCAUUCAAAAAGCCGGUGGAUCCUUCGAUCUGGGCAACGCGCAGGUGCAUUACGAACGAUCAUCACCUCCGAGAACCCGACGGAGUUCCGCGUCGAGCGUCGGCUCGGUGCAGAAUCUGCAAUCGGCCCAGCUGCACGCACCACCCAGAAGCAUUUCCAGCAAUCGCUCGCGAUCGCCCACACCUCACCGGCCGACAGCCGGCAGCAAGCAGCAGCAGCAUCAGCAGCAAUCGUGCGACGAGCCGAAGAAGCGCUCGCGAAGUCCCACGCCGCAUAGGAAAUUGCUGCCGAGCCCGAAUCACCAGGCCGACUUGGCCAAGCAGAGAUCAAGGUCGCCGACGCCCAGGGCGAAUCUGAGAUCGAGAAGCCCGACACCGCGGAAGAACGCAGAUUCGUCCAGGAGAAAUGCCAACGAGGAGGCGCGGUCGCCAACGUAUCACGGCAAACCGCAGGAAAACGGCCGAGAGUGCGGUCUGAAGGUGCCGGGCGAGUUUACGAAGCGAUACGUCGUGGAGGGCGGCGUGGCGCGCCGUGCCGUCGAAAGGGACGACACGCCGAAGUACGAGCCGUCCAUCUACAACUACAAGUGCAGCGAGGACUCGAGCGGCAGCCGCAGCCCGACGCCGAGCAAGGAGGAGCAGCCGGCCCUCGAGACGUUCGGCAAGGACACCGCGGCGAACACCCAGAAGUCGCCGCACGGGGACGGUGAGCACUCGGACAAUUGCAGCGAGGUGUCCGACGAGGGUUACCGCAGCCUCGGUGCCGUUCAGUCGUCCACCGCCAACGGGAAUUCCGCCAGCACGCAGGGCUCGCCCACGGUCGCCGAUUGUCAAAAGCAACCUCCAAAGGCGGAACCCGAGGAAAGAUCGGGCGUGGAGACCGACAGCAUCGAGACCGGAUUGCGCAAGGUAGUCCGGAAAGAUAGGCUAGUAAGCCCCUUACGAGUCUCGUCCCCGUCCAGGAGCGCGACGUCCUCGUCGACAGGCGACAGGACUCCUCGCGCCGGUUCUAUCGCGCGCGAGAACAGUAACUUAUCUAAGGCAUCGUCAGGCAGCAAGACGCCCAAGGACAGCAAUUCUAGCCCGGAAGGUAGUCCACUGAACCGAGGAGGUUCGAUUCGUAACAAGACCAACGGAAGCUACGGGACGCUGCGAAAGUUAACGCCGACUGGGAGUCUCAGCAAGGUAUCGUCGCCGAUGACCGCGCCCAAGUCCUCCAAAGCGCCAGUGGGUAGUAGCGCCACAUGGAACGGACGACAGACCAGGCGGCGAGCUAGCAUUCAGACGGACACCUUCCUGGAUCCGAGAUCUAUGCCGGCCACGUGCGCUACGACGCCGAGUUUCUCGCGAAAAAGUCCGGGUAGACAGAGCCUGCAAUCCCGGCCAAACCCGAACUUUGGUGUCCAAUACGACAAAAAUGGCAGGAGGAUCAGGACCUCCGCCACGGGCACCACGUCCCUCCAGUCGUCGCCCACCAAAGUGACAAAUCCGUUACUCGAUCAGAUCUUGCAGAAACUGGGCGACUUGAAGGACGAGCGUCAGAUGGUGCAGAAGUUGCAGGGCCUCCUCAGGGACUACCAGACCAGCUCGACCGACGGUGUCGCGGACAUGGAAUUUGCUAAAGUGUGGGUGGAUAGUAACGGUGCGAUGACAGUGCCCCAGGACGUUCAGGUGUCGGUCAGUCCUAGAAAGGACCCGAAACCCCAGGAAGGAUGCUCAAGGAUACCGGUACCUCGUGCUCUCUCCUACAAGAGACCGAUGUCCGUGGCUUCGGACAGCGUUUGAGGGUGGUUCUUUCCUUUCCACGGGAUACACCAGGUAGCCUUUGCGCGUUAGGCUAAGUUAGACUGAUCAGGUAGACGCUGACGUCAAUAAGAGCAAUCAGGCGCGCGCGCGUAAAUAAUUGCGCUUUCUCGCCGGGCUUGAUUCUUGAUUUGGUUUCAUAGUUGAGGUCGGACGUCUUGAUCACAAUAAAGAUAUGAAUAUAUUUUAUAGCUGGACAGUUUAAUGAGAAAAAGUAUUUUAGGAAUUUAAAGACUUGCAGAGACAAAGAGCUAACAAAAAGACGAGAAUGUAUGACGAAGACUGAAUUUUAUUGCAUGCCGAUCAUUUUUUGGAAUUAAAUUUUUAUUUUUACAGUGUAUUCUGAAGUGUCUCCGGUCAGUAUUACAGAUAAAAUAUCAAAAUGAAUUUUAAAUGACUUCAAGUAACACUUAGCUUUUCGUUUUUAAUAUCGGAAGAAAACGCUUUAAAAUGUACUAUUAUCUUCCAGAAAAGAUAAAAUGCUUUUUUUUACACGUUACAAAAAAUCGAACCAUUUACAAGAUUACAAAUGAACUAUUUUUGUAAAUUUACCGAGUACAAUUGCAUGUGGAUUGACUCAAUAAGUUGAAAUGGAAAUUUAAGUUUACUAAAAUCAAAUGUUUCGAGAGUCCAAAAAUUAGAAAUUUGAACUUUCACAAGUUCCGAGACUCCGAAGUUUAAGCCUCGAAAAGUUUUAAUAACAUCGCCCGUCAUUUAAAUGUUUAUGUUUUACGGUCGAGUUAUCGUCAUGGCAAAUAGUUCGAUGCUUAGAAUGUUGCUUUCUAUUUUUGCUCUUCGCCUAUACCUUCGACGACUAUCAUCGCAGAUCGAAGACGUCCGACCGGAGAGAAACUUAACGGGCCUUAACGGUACGGGGUCAAUCAGUUACUAGUUCUUAGUAGUCACGUAUCAGGGUGGUGCUUAGAUGGUGCUGAAGAAUGAAACGAUGUUUACGGUAGACAAUGAAGUGAAAAAGAGAUAGAGACAGGGACAAGAAGAGGGUGGAGCGAGCCGGAAAUUCGUCUCGCAAACGAGUUUUCGAGAGUUGAUCGAUACGGAAUCAAAAGUGGGCAAUUAGCUAUGUCGAGUCUUGCGUUAAUGACUUCCCAACGAUUCACUUCCAGUCAUUUAAUUACAUCCCGUAUGCUUAUUGGCCUUAAAGCAAUAAUCCUUGGGCUUAUCACGUACAAUUUUUUGAAAACAGAAAUUAUUGCAUUGUUAAACAAUUCUCGUUGCGAAUAUACAUCGAAAAUCCCGAUGAUUUUUUCAGUUCUACUGUCCCUUACGUAACGAAUCAAAGUGUGAUACUUUAAGGAUCGACGGGAUCGAUUGACGAUGCCGAUCUCGGAAAUCACGUGGUCGGAAAAUUUAGACGAUCGUCGAAAGAGCGCGGCAAUCGCUCGAUUGUUUUUACCCUUCUCGAUCAAUGGCGCCUCUAAUCAUUUUUAUUUAAACAAUUAUAUAGUUUAUCGGAUAUAUUUAUCAAAGAUGAUUUAUUAUACGUUAACGAUCUCGCUGAAGGGCAAGAGUGGAAGAGAAUGAAAAAGAGAGGGAGCUAGACGAGAGAAGGAAUUGAUUAUGUAGACAUUGAAGAUCGAAUAAGAAGUCCUCUGAAUAAAAAAAUCAAACGCCCCCUCCCCUCCCCCUCCCCGUCCGCUCAAUCUGGAGCAGACCGCAUUAUGUAGAUAGCGACGUGUGUCGUCGGAUGAAUGCCAUUCCAGUGUUUAACUGUUUUUUAUACCAAACGCAAGCGUAGCGCCAAGUUUUUUACCAAGUGUCUUAGUAACGGAUUAAGGUGGAGAGGAAAAAAAAGGGUUUAUUUUAUCGACGAGUAGCAGGUGGAAGAGGGCUAUUUUUUAGUAUCACAGCGCGUGGUAGACGGUCACGUGCGGCGGCUGCGAGUAGGAAACGUUUCCGAUAUUCGGGCGGCGAUCUCGACUCUUCUCCGUUUGUUUCUCCGCCACCGGAGCUUUUAGGAGGGUCUUCUCUAAUUGUCUGCCACAGACGUACGUCUUGCACACAGUCGCGAUCGCUGUGGGAAACACCGCGAGAAUCGAGGCGAAUAUCCCGAUGCGGCGCGGAUUAGCCGCGACGGGCCCGAGCCGCGUCUUUGCCUUAUUCGGAAUUCGAGCGAUUUCCUUUGUACGUCUCGCGCGUAUUAACGAUGCCGUCGUUGUUUUCUACACGCGGACUAACAUUGCCUGUAAAUAUCUCUGCGAACAAGUUUCGGUGACAAAUCUCUUAACCCGGCUUGUAAUUAUUAAAUCGAUCUCUAGUCUGUAGACGGCCAUUGUGUGUGUACCACUUAUUGUUAGUUCGCUUCGAAGGGGCCUCGCGACGACGUCCGGUGAAUGUACACGCGUACAUGUGCACGGACGGUCGGGGAAGAAACACGGCGGGCCUUGCCUGCGACUGGAGUUCGGUGCUGCGCGCGGACAGGGCGUUCCAUCUUCUGUACAUAUAAUGAGCGCGUUGUUAGGAGCAUAUCUUCGUUUUCUAAGUGUAAAGUAUAUUUCUGCUGAGUUAAGUUGGCUUGACCCUUCGAUAAUCAUCGUCGCGAUUAACACACGAGUUAUUUGUUGCAUCUCGUUAGUUUUGCGAAAAACGGCAAACAAAAAAGAUACGUAUUUUUGUAUUCGAAAACCUCACGAGAUACGUAGAACGCUAGCGUAGUGCGCGGAAAAAUUCCUCGGAAGCUGUGUUAAGGACCGUCUACAUCGGAGGUAAGCAGUAAGAAAACCGCAACCUUUACUUAUCAGUGUCAAAAGCUCAAGUACAGGCGUAGUCUUUUAAAAUAUUUAUAGCACUGGUCGGACUCUGCGCUCUAAUUCGCCGAGAGUAAGUGUCGGAGCUGAAGUGGGAGUAAGAAAUGGAAGUGAUUAAUUUCUUCACUCCUCUUACCUCUUACGCCAGGCUUACUUCAUCUAUUGUAGACGAUCCUUUAGGGAGAAUCAAAAGUCGCUUAAACGAUAAUGCGAGUGUGUCGACGUUAUGUGGCGUACACAUAUCCCGGGAAGAUUCUUCGCAUUUUCACGGAGGGUUGAGUGUCCGCCAUUGAAGGGUUAAGUAUGCGAGAUACCGACUAUUACCGAACACCGUUCUCAGUGAAAAUCAGAGGUGGCCGGGCACUGGAGAGAUUCAUGUCGCACGCGCGUAAACACGAGACAUUUCCGUCGAUUUUAUUGAGAAAAAAAAAGUUAACUUGUCUUAAUCGGUGCUUUCUGCAAGGUGCCGAUCUUCAAAUUUCCAUUCAAUCGACUUUUAAAUUUCAGCCCGAUUGUCAUCCGCGUAUUUUUACAGUUCCGAGAUAGAACGAAUGCACGCGGGACAACGGGUAAAGAAACGAUGUUCGCCGAUGUACUUGAAGACUCGCGCGAUGGAGCAACGCAGCGUCGCGGUGAGAUCUCUCGAGUGCUCGCGCAUCGAUGAUCCGAUCGAUCCGGGGCGAUCAUUCGAGACAGUCCCUGCGUUUUCGCGAUAAUUGCGCUCGGUUUCACUUUUCUUAAGAGUCAUAGCGUAUCGUAACAGCGUGCCAGAAUGGUCUGGCGAUAAGAGAAAUAUUACUCGUUUCCUCGUUACAGCGCGCAAUAUCUUAGGCGCCGGACGGCUAAUCCUUAGUCUUAAGCUUUUUGUAACCCCAGCGAUUUCAUGGCCGUGCGUUAAGCAAUACCGACGAUUAUCGCAAUAUUAAUAUUAUUAUUGCAGCUAUCGCUAUGAUGACGACGAUUAUUAUUAGUAUUAUUAUUACGAUUAUUAUCAUCAAGAGGAUAAUGAAGAUUAAUUGCUAUUAUUAUUAUAUGCAACGUUGCCUAUGUUACAUUAUUUUAUCUACGAACAGUUGUAAAUUGACCAAAAACUAUAUAAAAAGAUUAAUAAAAGGCCUUAACAAGAA